AUGGCCACUGGGAAAGCAACACGAAGUGCUCAACAACGCAUUUUGCGCAACAUAGAAAUGACUGAAGGCUUUUACAAUACAUUCUCAACAAUAACUGACUAUAAAGAAAUACCACUUGUUCCGCUCGAUAUUGCUGUAGAACCAUUGAUAUCUUUGCUACCUAAAAUUGAGAGCUAUGCAAAAAGUGCUAUGGAAGGAUGCGAAAAUCCACCUGCAGAUGGACUCACAAAAGACAUGUCUGGUGCAAUCAGGCUCUAUUCGAUAGAAGAACAGUUAGAAGGUGAACCUCUAUAUGCUAUAUUGAAUCGUAUUCUACGGACAGAAAAUAGACAACAACUUAAGCCAUGGUUAUUGUAUCUUAAACUGCUUCAUACUGCACUUUCACAUCUUCCAUCUAUUCGUGAAGUUGUCUAUCGAGGAGUCAAAUUAGACUUAAGUAACCAGUAUAGAACGAAAGAAAAAAUAAAAUGGCCAAGCUUUUCAUCGUGUACUACUACAAUUACUGUUUUACAAUCAGAACAAUUGUAUGGCAUAAUGGGCCCAAGAACAAUGUUUGCUAUCGAUUGUCAUUCAGGCAAAAACAUUCGUAAUCAUAGUGCUUAUCCACUCGAAGAAGAAGUACUUCUUCUUCCUGGAACUGAAUUCAAAAUUACGGGCUUUCUAAAACAAGGUGACAAUCUUCACAUGAUUCAACUGAAACAAAUUGAAUCAGCUCGUUCUUCAUCGUCGCCAUUACCUGAUCCUGUUAUCUCCCGACCAAUUUCGGGAGAUACGGUUGCUGUUAAUUAA